AUGGCUGAGUUCAGUGGCUUUGGUGUAGCUCAGGAACCAACUUAUAAUAUUGAUAGUGAUGAACCUGAGGCUGAACUCGAGGCUGAAAGUGUUGAGGUACAAGGUGAUGUGAAUGUCGAAGAUGGGGUCAAUGUCGAAGUCGAAGAUGGAGUAAAUGUGAUUCCCUUUUCGAGUAGUGCUCCGUUGGAGCCAUUCAUUGGUAUGGUAUUUGAGGAGGUCGAAGAUGCCCAGGCAUUUUAUAAGGCAUAUGCAAGGCGACAAGGACUUGCAAUCCGGACGAAUCAUACUAGAUUGUCGAAAGAUGAUAAAACUCGUUGUGCAGUAGACUAUGUUUGCACAAUGGAAGGAUUUCGGCGGGGAAGUCGGAAAGACACAGAUUGA